AUGCGCUUGCGCGAUAUGGAUACAGUUUUUAUGAAAGGCCGCGGCUUUGAUGAAGGCUUUCCCAAGGCAGCCAUUCGAGAGUUACUCCAGGCGGUUGAUUUCCUCCAUACUGAGGCACAAACUGUGCAUACAGAUAUCCACCCAGUUGGACCUCUCCUUCUGUCGCACUUUGGUGACGCUAGACUUGGGCCAGGGCCUCACGCUGGCGACAUUAUGCCCAUUGUGUAUCGGGCUCCCGAGACUUUGCUUUAUAUUCAAUGGAGCUACGCAGUAGACACUUGGAGCGUUGGAUUAACGGUAAGCGAUCGUCUAGCAGCAAAGGUUAUUCAGCUAGAUGUAGGCAUGGGAUCUAUUACAGGGCAAGACUCUGUUUACGGCACCAGCCCUGGGCCCCCUCCACAGGAGUUGUUGAAUCGCCAUCGAGCUAGGGCGCUUGAGUACUGGGAUGAAGCAGGAAACUGGGGCGACUUUGUUCCCAUUCCGCCAGAAAAGACAUUGGAAGCAGCCGAGACAAAACUACAGCACAAGGCAGAGUUUCUUGGGUUUAUGCGGCGAGCGCUGACAUGGGACCCGGCCAAACGCCCAACAGCAAAGCAGUUGCUACAGGACCCGUGGCUAGCAGAGUAA